UAGUUCACCAUUUGUCACUCCCCAUUACUUUCAUUUUUCCUUCGUGCCAUACUUUUUUUUUUUAUAUAAAAUAUUAUAAUACCUAACUUAUAUAUACAUACAUACAUAUAUACGUAUAUUAAAUUAAAUAAGUAAAAGAUCAAGAAGAAUGAUAGGGUGGGAAGACGCAUACAAGGUGGUGGUAGCCAUGACUCCACUCUACGUGGCUUUAAUGUUGGGUUACGGAUCGGUUCGGUGGUGGCGGAUCUUCCCGCCGGAGCAGUGUGACGCCGUCAACCGAUUCGUUUGUUACUUCACGCUUCCCAUGUUCGUCCUCGAGUUCACCACUCACGUUGACCCGUUCCAGAUGAACUACCGGUUCAUUGCCGGAGACGCGAUCUCCAAGGUGGUGAUCGUGUUGGUGCUGGUGGUGUGGGCCAAGUGCAGUAGCAAGGGAAGUUUCAGAUGGGCCAUAACCAGUUUCUCUCUCAGCACAUUGACCAACACAUUGGUGGUGGGUGUGCCGCUGAUCGAAGCCAUGUACGGUCAGAGUGCGGUGAAUUUGGUGGUUCAGGCAUCGGUGGUUCAAGCCAUUUUUUGGUUAACUUUUCUGCUGUUUGUGUUGGAGUUUCGAAGCUCGUUGGUGACUGAAGAUGACGAUAAGGAUAUGGAGAUGAUUGGUAAUGGAGGAUCAGUGAGAAGAUCUUUCUGGUCGUUGAUGAAGAAUGUUUGGCUCAAACUCAUGGUGAAUCCUAACUGCUACGCUUGCGUUCUUGGCGUUGCAUGGGCUUUCAUGGCCAACAGGUGGCAUUUUGAGAUGCCAAAAAUCUUGGAGGGUUCUAUAUUGAUCAUGUCGAGAGCAGGGACAGGAACUGCCAUGUUCAGCAUGGGGAUGUUCAUGGCUGUGCAGCAGAAAUUGAUAGCAUGCGGGACAGGGCUGACUAUAUAUGGAAUGGUGUUGAGGUUUAUUGCGGGACCAGCCGCCAUGGCUAUUGGCUCUAUAGCUGUGGGCUUGCAUGGUGAUGUUUUACGUGUUGCAAUCAUUCAGGCAGCUCUGCCACAAUCAAUUACGUCCUUCAUCUUUGCUAAAGAAUAUGGUUUGCAUGCAGAAGUCCUCAGCACAGCUGUGAUAUUCGGGAUGAUGGUGUCUCUACCGAUUUUGAUUGCUUACUACGCAAUCUUAGAAUUUGUAAAUUAAUCCCCUCGAUUUUAUUCUUAAGCAAAUUAUUGAGGGGAUUAAUAUAUUAAUUGCUGCAACUCCUUUUUGAUAUUAUUGUAUGAGCUUUUUUGUUUUCUUCUUAAAUUUUCUACAAUACCUUUUUUCCCAUUUGAAUAUUUCUGCAAUUGAUAAUCAACUCUUAUAGUAUUGGGGGGUUUUUAUGCCGCUUCCACUCCCAAAAUUGAAAAUUAUGAAGUUGUAU